UUCUUCUCUCAGAUCGAUCACUCUAUAGCGGUGGUUAGGGUUAGGGUUAGGGUUAGGGUUCGACGAUUCACAGUGCUGUAGAUCUCAGAUCUUGCACUUUUUCUUUUUCUUUUUUUAUCAGAAUCAGUUGAUUUUGAUGAUGGAAGAAAGUAAUCGGAGGUUGUAUCUGCAAUUUAGUUUGUUGAUUUUGAUCGGUUGCUUCACUGCUCAGCUCUGUGCUUCUUCUGAUCCGAUCUUUUACGAUUCGUUUGAUGAUUCGUUUGAGGGGAGCUGGAUCGUCUCUGAGAAAGAGGAUUAUAAAGGUGUAUGGAAACAUGCAAAGAGUGAGGGACACGAUGAUCAUGGGCUUCUUGUGAGUGAGAAGGCAAGGAAGUACGCAAUUGUGAAAGUGCUUGAUGAGCCUGUGAAGCUUAAGGAUGGGACUAUUGUUCUGCAGUUUGAAACCCGUCUCCAAAAUGGACUUGAGUGUGGUGGUGCAUACUUGAAAUAUCUCCGCCCUCAAGAAGCUGGGUGGGUAGCAAAGGAGUUUGACAAUGAGGCCCCAUACUCUAUCAUGUUUGGGCCCGACAAAUGUGGGGCUACAAACAAGGUUCACUUUAUUCUAAAGCAUAAGAACCCCAAGAGCGGAGAGUACAUUGAACAUCAUUUGAAGUACCCACCAUCUGUGCCAUCUGACAAGCUAACCCAUGUUUAUACUGCCAUUCUGACUCCUGAUAAUGAUUUGCGGAUCCUUAUUGAUGGUGAAGAGAAGAAGAAGGCUAAUUUCUUCUCUGCUGAAGAUUUUGAGCCAGCACUAAUUCCUGCUAAGACCAUUCCUGACCCUGAUGAUAAGAAGCCUGAGGACUGGGAUGAGAGGGCAAAAAUUCCUGAUCCAGAUGCUGUAAAACCAGAUGACUGGGAUGAGGAUGCACCGAUGGAAAUUGAAGAUGAGGAAGCUGUAAAACCUGAAGGAUGGUUAGACAAUGAACCUGAAGAUAUUGAUGAUCCUGAGGCAACAAAACCAGAAGAUUGGGAUGAUGAGGAGGAUGGUGAAUGGGAGGCACCAAAGAUUGACAACCCUAAUUGUGAGACUGCUCCUGGUUGUGGUGAGUGGAAGAGGCCAAUGAAAAGAAAUCCGGCUUACAAGGGAAAAUGGCAUGCCCCACUUAUUGAUAACCCCAAUUAUAAAGGUAUCUGGAAGCCACAGGAAAUUCCAAACCCCGACUACUUUGAACUUGACAAACCUGAUUUUGAGCCUAUUGCUGCGAUUGGCAUUGAGAUUUGGACAAUGCAAGAUGGAAUUUUGUUUGACAACAUUUUGAUAGCUGGUGAUGAGAAGGUUGCGGAAUCAAUCAGGUUGACUGCUUGGAAACCAAAAUUUGAAGUUGAGAAAGAGAAACAAAAGUCCGAGGAAGCAUCUGCUGGACUUUCAGAAGGUCUCAAAGGCUUCCAGAAGACGGUGUUUGAUGUCCUCUACAAGAUUGCAGACAUUCCUUUCUUGAGCGGACACAAGGUUAAAAUUCUGGAUGUCAUUGAAAAGGCAGAGCAACAACCAAACAUCACAAUUGGAGUCAUUGUCUCUAUAGUCAUCGUCAUUGUAACAGUUUUAUUCAAGAUCCUUUUUGGGGGGAAGAAACCGGCAAAAGUGAGUGCUGCAGGGACCAGUACGAGUAGCACGGGAGCAGCUGAGACUUCCAACAAGGAAGGAAGCAGCGAAGAAAAGGAGGAGGAGGAGGAGGAGGAGGAGAAGCAGGAAAUGGAGGAGAAGCAGAAUGACAAGGAAGAUGCUAAUGCUCCUCCUCGCCGAAGGAAUACCAGGCGUGAGAAUUAGAGAGACAGAGACAGACGGAGAGAGAGUGCUAGUGUCAUUAUUAGUUUCUUAUUUCUUCUUCACUUUGGUAGAGAAUUUGAGCUAUAGUUUGUCUACCAUGAUGAAUUUUUCACUGAAUUUUACUGGUUAUUUUUGUUUUUAAAUUUUCUUAUUCAGGUUUGUUUUCUGAUAAUUGAUGUAUGAGAAUGUAAAUGCGAUGAUUUAAUCGGAUUUUGGUCCAUCACUGCUUUUUUACUGCACUAAAUGAAAGACAUGCAGCAUUGAGGAAUUGAA